GCUGAUGCUGGCUCUGGGUCGCGGAAAUAGCAAGCUAGCUCAGUCACCGUCCAUUUUGCACAGAAGGACACCAAAACAUUUGCUAGUGGAAGGGGAAUAACGUAAAGGUUGUGACCCCGGAGAAUACAGUGCAACAUUUAAUUUCGUGCAACAUGAGUGGAGUUAACGUGAAGAAGCUCAAAGUGAACGAGCUGAAAGAGGAGCUUCAGCGUCGUGGCCUCGAAACUCGAGGCUUAAAGGCGGAUCUCGUCGAUCGCUUACAAGCGGCAAUACAGGCCGAGGCUGCUGGUUUAGGGGGCGGGCCACCGGCCGACAAGGGAGAUUAUGAUGUCGGAGACGAGGCGGGAGCAGCCGAGUCUUAUCAAGAUGAAGAGUUUGAAGGGGAGGAGCCAGAUGACGAUCCAGACCAACAGUCCGACGAGGAUGAGAACGGAGGACAGAUGGUCGGGCAAGGAGACGGAGAAGCCGAUGCCGAUGAUGGCGACAGUAACUCCGAGGAGAAUGCAGACGAUGCAGCUGGGGAUGGAUAUGGGAUUGGCGACUUCGCCUCGGAUACCCUGGAGCCACCCAUGAGUGGGCAACACCAGAUGGGGCAGAUGUACGGCAAGCCGGCGUACGAGGAACCUCAGACCAAGCAGCAGUACGACGAGCCAGAGGUGAAGCAGGAGUAUGAGGAGCCCCCUGGGAAGAAGGCCUAUGAGGAGCCAGUGGUGCAGCAGAGCAAUGAGAAGCCCGACUUGAAGGAGGACUAUCAAGAGGCAGAAAUAGCAGAGCCCAUGGCACAGAAGUCCGAGACUCCAGCAGAGGAACCUGAGCUCGAGGAACAAGCUGAAACUGCCCCUGAAAUUGAAAUGAAAGAUGCUCUCAAGAAAGAAGAUGAUGAGGAGGCGGAAGAAGAACAGAAGCAGGAGGAGGAGGAAAAGCAGGAGCAGGAGAAAGAGAAAGAGCAAGAACAACCAGCAGCAGAGCCUGGUAAUGAAUGGGAAGCUAUGCAGGAUGACCAAGGAUCCCAAGCUAAAGGAGAGGAUGACCGAUAUGGAUCUUACAACCGCAAAAGGCCAUACGAGGAAAGCCGUGGUUAUGGCUAUUAUGAGCAUCGUGAGGACAAGAGAGCACGCUCCCCUCAGCCACCAGCGGAGGAAGAGGAGGAAGACUUUGAUGAUACCCUUGCAGCUGUCGAUACCUACAACUGCGACCUGCACUUUAAGGUGUCUCGUGACCGAUACAGUGGAUACCCUCUCACCAUUGAAGGCUUUGCUUACCUUUGGGCUGGGGCACGGACAUCCUACGGGGUCAGCAAGGGCCGUGUCUGCUAUGAGAUGAAGAUCAAUGAGGAGAUCUCUGUGAAGCACCUGCCGUCGAGUGAGCCUGACCCUCACGUGGUGCGAGUGGGAUGGUCCCUGGACUCCUGCAGUACCCAGCUCGGUGAAGAGCCAUUCUCAUAUGGAUAUGGUGGCACUGGAAAGAAAUCUUCAAAUUGCAAGUUUGAUGAUUUCGGAGAGAAGUUUGGUGAAAAUGAUGUUAUCGGCUGCUUCAUAGACUUUGAGACUGAUGGUGGUGAUGUGGAGAUGUCCUACUCUAAGAAUGGUAAGUUGCUGGGCGUCUGCUUCACGGCGACCAAGGAGGAGCUGGCGGACCGGCCGCUCUUUCCCCACGUGCUGGUGAAGAACUGCGCUGUGGAGUUCAACUUUGGCCAGAAGGCAGAGCCAUUCUUCCCUCCGCCAGAGGGCUACACUUUCAUCCAGCAGGUACCUUUGGAGGACCGGGUCCGGGGAACCAUUGGACCUGCAUCCAAGGCUGAGUGUGAGAUCCUGAUGAUGGUGGGCCUGCCAGGUGCUGGGAAGACCACUUGGGCCACGAAGUACGCGCAGGAGCAUCCUGAGAAGAAGUUCAACGUUUUGGGCACCAAUGCAAUCAUGGAAAAGAUGAAGGUGAUGGGACUGCGCCGUCAGAGGAACUACGCCGGCCGUUGGGACGUGCUGAUCCAACAGGCCACACAGUGCCUCAACAGGCUCAUCCAGAUCGCCGCCCGCAAGAAGCGCAACUACAUCCUGGACCAGACAAAUGUAUAUGGAUCAGCCCAGAGACGAAAAAUGCGUCCUUUUGAAGGUUUUCAACGCAAGGCUAUUGUAAUUUGUCCCACGGACGACGAUUUAAAAGAGCGAACGUUAAAGCGAACUGAUGAGGAAGGGAAGGAUGUGCCCGAUCAUGCUGUGUUAGAAAUGAAAGCCAACUAUGUGCUCCCGGAUGCGGGCGAGUUUCUGGAUGAAGUGAGAUUCGCCGAGCAGCAGCGCGAAGAGGCUGAUGUCACCAUCAAGCAGUACAACGAGGAGGGCCGCAAGGCAGGCCCACCUCCCGACAAGCGAUUUGACAACCGCCCCGGAGGCUUCCGUGGCCGUGGCGGGGGCUUCCAGCGCUAUGACAACCGUGGCGGUCCCCAGGGAGGUAGGGGCAGUUACCAGAGCAGGGGUGGACCUGGUGGCGGUGGCGGCGGCGGCGGUGGUGGCUUCCGUGGAGGAUACAACCGUGGAGGCUACAAUCAGAAUCGCUGGGGCAACAACUACAGGGAGGGAGGCUCUGGGGGACGUGGUAACUACAACCGCAACCAGCAGUCUGGCGGAGGCUACAACCACAAUCGCACGGUACCCUACAACAAGGGAAGCACUGGAAGCAGCGGAGGAUAUAGCCAGUCCCAGCCACAGUCCUACAAUCAAGGCUACAACCAAGGCAGCUACAACCAAGGCGGCUACAACCAAGGUUAUAACUAUGGCAGCUAUAGUCAGUACCCUGGAUAUGGGCAAAGCUAUAGCCAAACUCCUGCAGUAGCAGGAGCUGGAGCAGGAGCAGGAGCUGGAGCAGCUGGAGCAGGGGCAGGAGCAGGAGCAGGAGCAGCCGCUGGACAGACAUACAACCAGCAGCAGAACUACAACCAGCAGUAUCAGCAGUAUGCACAGCAAUGGCAGCAGUAUUACCAGAACCAGAGCCAGUGGAACCAGUACUACAACCAAUAUGGCAACUAUGGCAACCAGCAGAGCACCCAAGGAGCGCAGGGCUCACAGCAGGGCACGCAGCAGUAGGCCAGUGAGGCUGCCCACCCGCAUGGCAGAUGGAGCACAUUCCUCCCGUGGCAUUCCACCUUGCACCUCUGCCUACAACCACUUCGUUCCUGUUUGCUUGUCCGUCUUCCCACAUGUCUCUGCCCUUGAUUUAAAAAAAGAAAAAAAGAAAAAAAAAAUCAAAGAAAUAAAAUCUGUUGUUAUAAGGUAAAGGCGAUUUAAUCCAUGCUGCUGUCCUAUGUUUUUUUUUUUUUUGUUUCGUUUGUUUAUUUGGCGACAGCAGGGUUCUGGUUGGUAGCGUAAUAUUAAGUACACCUUAAUCAUCAUGCUUGUUCUAGCCCAUGCCAGAUCAUAUAAAAAUAGAACUCAGUAAUAUGUGGUAGUUUUUUGUUUCAAUAGUACACACUUCUAGAACACAGUUUAACAUGGAUUUUCACACAUACAUUUUUGGUGUGUAUGUGUGUUUUAAAAGAUGGCUUAUUUUACUAUUUUAAUAUUUCACUGUCUCCUUGUUUUAUGUGAUCUGUCCUUAGAUCAAAGAUCCACGCAUUUCAAAUGGGUGGAAUUGGGGUUUUUGUCAGACCAUUAUUUUCUUUAUGAAUGCAGAGUCAUGUAAGACCUUUGUCAAAAUGUAGAUACAUUUAACAAAUCCUAUAUUGUUUUAACUUUCAACUAAAAUUUAAAGCUACAAAUCUUACCACAAUUUACUUUUGUACCAUUUUUAAAGGUGUUAAUAAUUGUUUGACUUCAAUCCUUUGUUGCUCCAGAUUUUUUUGUUUGUUUUUUUGGUUCCUUUUUCUGGUGUAGUGGUUUUUGUGGUUGUAAACCUUUUUAUACCUUACAACAUGUCUGUCAAACAGUAUCUGCAUGUGAUUUUGUGCUCAUUCAGAAUUUGAUGUUUUUGUAUUACAGAAUAUACCAUAAUCUGACAAACAA